CAUUGGCUGCUGGAACGUUUCAAAUUGGGGGAUGCCGGCGGGGAGGCCAUUUGUUUCUUAAGUAUUUACGAACUGAACGUACGUUUCGAGGAUGCUGAAAACCAGCCACUAUAGAAGAAUGUAUCAAGAAGAUCGCCGUAUUCUGCAUAACGGAACACUAAUUGGGUCGUGUGAGAAGAAUCUAAUUUCCUUGUACAUCAACCAGGAAGGAGGGAAGAGGUACAAGAGACUGCUUAAGAGGAGUGAAGAAUCAGGAGUCGUGACAGAAAGGAACAAUCUUUCACAAAGAAUGGACAAAACACGCACCAAAGAACUACAGUUUUCAGAAGGGAAAGUAAUCCUCAUUCAAAGAGCAUGGCGUGCUUUGCUGAACCAUAGAAAAAACUGGAAAAGCCCUCCAGCACAGUGUUGCCAUUCCUCCCCGAGUGAACUCCAUACAACCAUGAGGAUAAAUAGCUUCAGUAGGAACACAGCUUUGGAUGAGUUGAAAAGGCUGCAGAACAAUCUGGAACAUGCUCAAGAUGAAAAGUAUUUUCUGCAACACACUCAGCUCACAAAGGACAGAGAAAAUAAUAUUGAAAAAUGCUGUUUCAAUAUGCAGACACUGGAGGCCAAAGCCGUCAUCAUUCAACGAUCAUGGCGGGAAUACAUUCACCGUCAGAAUGCUCUUCAUCAGCACUGCUUGGAGAAAAGAAGCCCAUCUCCACCAUCUCUGUCUUCUGGAAAGAUGAGCACUUCUAUCAGUAUGAAUACCUUGUCUGAUGGCAGCACCCCGGAUUAUAGAGAGGAUGGUAUGGAUUUGGGAAGUGAUGCCUGCAGUCGCUCCAGCUCAGAGGCAAAUUCUAACAAAGUGACUCCAUGUUCAGAGUACAAAUCAUCUCCCAGCUUGGAUCUUGCUACACUGGAUGACUAUGAAGAGGAGGACUAUCAGGAAUACAAAAAGAAGGUCAUUGAGGACUGGGAAAGUGAAUUUGGGGAGUACACUGAGAAUGAGGUGUAUCCCAAAUCUGUGAACAACCGGAGUUUGGCAGAGGAAUUUCAGGAUGUAAACAGCCCAAUGCCUCUGCCUCAUAGAGACACAGUAUCGGAGGAACUGAAGCAAAAUGGUAAUGUGGUGCCACAGCACACAAUGGCCAAAGCUAAUAAAACUCUUGAAAAGCCCCAGCAGGCUUUGAGGAUAGUGGGUGGUAGUGGUGUUUCCAGGAGAGAGCCACCAGACAUCUCAGGGACCUGUCAUGCUGAGGAGUCACAAUUGCCUACAAUGGACUGGGAGGCUCUGGAAAAACAUCUUGCUGGUUUACAGUUUCGAGAACAGGAGGUGCGCAACCAAAACCAGAGCCAAGGAAAAACCAACUACACCUCAGCCCAAAAGAAUGAAAGAGAGUCAAUUCGGCAAAAGCUGGCACUGGGCAGUUUCUUCGAUGAUGGCCCAGGAAUUUACACAAGCUGCAGCAAGAGUGGAAAGCCAAGCCUGUCUUCACGUCUUCAAAGUGGGAUGAACCUGCAGAUCUGCUUUGUGAAUGACAGUGGGAGCGACAAAGACAGUGAUGCAGAUGAUAGCAAGACUGAAACAAGCCUCGAUACCCCUCUCUCCCCCAUGAGCAAACAGAGCUCAUCAUACUCUGACCGUGAUACUACUGAAGAGGACUCUGAGUCUCUGGAAGACAUGGAUUUCCUCACCAGGCAGAAGAAACUACAGGCUGAGGCCAAGAUGGCUCUGGCAAUGGCUAAGCCAAUGGCCAAGAUGCAGGUGGAAGUGGAAAAACAAAAUCGAAAGAAGUCUCCCGUGGCUGACCUUUUGCCACAUAUGCCUCAUAUAAGUGAAUGCUUAAUGAAGAGAAGUCUGAAGCCCACUGACCUGAGGGAUAUGACAAUUGGUCAACUACAAGUUAUAGUCAAUGAUCUCCACUCACAGAUUGAAAGUUUAAAUGAAGAACUUGUGCAGCUUCUACUUAUCAGAGAUGAGCUUCACAUGGAGCAAGAUGCCAUGCUGGUGGACAUCGAGGAUUUAACCAGGCAUGCCGAGAGUCAGCAGAAGUACAUGACAGAGAAAACCCUGUCCAAAUGAAGCAAGCAUAUGUUUAUGAAGAGCCAUUAGAAGGACAAACAAGCAAGGCUAGAUUUUAAUUUGCUUUUGUGAUUGUACAAAUGCUGAUACUCAAGAUGGUACACUUCAAGAAAAAGUCAGUGUUAGUCAUUGAUACUGUCUGAAGCUGUCUGUGCUUUCAGUAACUGGCCUUGCACCUUCAUAACUUGUCAUAACUCGUUCCAUUUACUACUGAAAAAAAUUGGGCAUUUAAUAUGCAAAAAGACAAAUGUCAAAUACUCUCUGUGUGUCUGUGUGUUAGAUUUAUAUAUGCUAUGUUGGAGUGUGUAUGUAUAUAUUUAUGUAUUUAUAUAUACAUACAGAGCAUAUACAGUAUAAAUAUACAGCAUGUAUAAAAUGUACACACAUGCACACCACCAAAGUACAAAGAAAGUAUACAAAAAAAAAAUUAGGAUAAAAUGGUUAAGAAUAAAAUGUUGUCUAAGAACUAACUUAUGAAUUUUAGGAGUUUUAAGUUCAUCAGUAUUUUAACGUUGACCUCUUUUUAUUCUGCACAACUUGUAGUUUAAAACAAAAGAGAAACUUUUAUUUGAAGGUGCUAAACAAGUCAAAGGAGACAUGCCUGCCUUGUAGUAAAGUUGUAGCUUUUUUUGGUAAUAAGUUCACUUUAAUCAGUUUCAACAUUUUGUGAAUGUUGACUUUCUGACACAAGUCGUUUUAAAUAUAAGUGUGUUAAUAUCAUUUCAUUCAAUUGUAUUCAACAACUUAUUUGAAAAAUUUUAUGUACAGAUAUGUAAAAUAAAGAAAUCUAAAACUUUGUUUCAUA